AUGUCGCUUGGUCUUCAUCAUCUGCGUGAGAUUGACACGGCUCCCGCUACAGAGCAGGAAGGGGGCACGACGGUCGACAUUGUCGCCGUCCAUGGCCUAAACGAAGACGCGGUAGUCGCCUGGACAUCCGAAUCAGGAACCCUUUGGUUGAGAGAUUUAAUCCCCCUACAUGUCCCUCAGGCGAGAAUUCUUUCCUUCGGCUAUGAGUCCUCCGCUAGCUCGUACGAAGGACAGAAUUUUACAGACAAAAUUCAAAGUCUUGCUACUACCCUCGUGGCGAAUCUAGAAGGGGACAGGAGCCUAGAGGACUGUGAGCAUCGGCCCAUCAUAUUCGUCUGCCAUGGGUUAGGAGGAGUAAUUGUAAAGAAGGCACUUGCUCACUCGGCCAACUCGACAUCGUCACUCGUCAUCCACCUCAAUAGUAUCUAUAUUUCAACAUUCGCCAUUUUAUUCUUCGCCACUCCGCAUAACCACAUCAAUCUAGCCAAUUGGCUGGUACUGGAUUCUUCGGACUCAAGAGCGUCGCAAUUUGCUUGUCGUCGACUUGGCCCAUUAAAAUCACCCCCCACAAGAAUCUUACAGAGUCUGGAGGCUAUCACGGAUCAAUUCACUCCUUUGAUGAAGAAGUUCCAUGCCACGUUUUUCUGGGAAGGUAUGCCUACUGACUUUGGGGGCUAUGUGGACUUCCUCGUGGACCAAUCUUCUGCCGCUCCAAACAUCUACGAUGCCCCAAAAUGUGCCAUCGUCGGCGCUGAUCAUUCUCAGAUGAUCAAGUUCUCCGACUGGAGCCCAUCCUACCGAACUGUCCUCUCGACAGUGAAACGAUAUUGCCGUAUGGCACCAGAAGUAAUUGUUAACCGGUGGAGAGACGCCCACGAAGCAUUGGCGCUGGCGCGGACAAAUGAGGCUCAGGAAUUGGCUGGUUUUCGAUUCAGUAUUCCCGAUAAGCUCCCAGAUAUUUCGUCCAUAGAUGACAUAUCACAUGAUGAAAUGCGUAACCAAUACUGCGAAACUCGUUUGUCUCCUUCUGAAAACUAUAUCGGUCGAGAUGAUGUUUCUCAGAAGAUUCGGGAGGCGCUCGUUCUCUCAGGGGCUGCUCAGAGCAGACAAGGCCAAAAACGAUUUAUUGUCCAUGGUAUUCCGGGCUCCGGUAAAAGUCAACUCUGUACGAAUUUUGCGUGGGAUAAUCGACAGUGCUACUGGGCUGUAUUUACCAUCGAUGCUACUACCCCAACGCUUGCGGCAAAGUCAUUUGCCGCCAUUGGUAAGAUAGGAGGUCUUGAAGGCACUGAAAGCUCUGGAAAGUAUUUCCUCUCACAGGCUCGCGAACCGUGGUUACUCAUCAUUGAUAACGCGGACAGUCCCAAUUUACAUCUUCCCAGUUUGUUUCCACCAGGCAAUCGAGGCCAUAUUCUCGUGACCACGAGGAAUCGAGUGUGUAGAAAGUAUGGAAAUGUUGGAAGUAUUGAACUUGGAGGGCUCCAAGAAAAGGAGGCGCUCUAUCUUCUUUUGAAAUCAGCCAUGAUCGACACCCCUUGGGAUAUGAAGACCGAGAAGCUAGGGAGGGAAAUUGCUAAAGCCUUAGGAUAUCUGGCACUUGCCAUGAAGCAGGCUGGGACAUCAAUAUCCCAGAGACUAUGUAACCUGUCGGAAUAUCUCGGAUUCUACGAAUACUAUCGAAAGAAACGUCAGCGAGGAACAACUGCUGUUUCUGAAGUUGCCAUUGAAAAUCCUACCUCAAAGUCACUAGAUGAUGACAUCUAUUCCGCCUUUGAUCUGUCUUUUGAGUAUCUUGAGAAAAAGCCAAGUCUACCCAGCCAGGAUGCCGUUGAGAUGCUCAAUAUUGUGAGCUUCUAUCACUUUGACCACAUUCGGAUAGACAUAUUCGAAAGAGCCCUUGAGAACCGGCGAAGAGCUAUUUCUUCUUCCCGCAACUCCGUCUUGCCAUCAAAGCUGGAUGUCAUAACCAGCCGUCUUUCUCCGCCUCCGUCUCUUCCGUGUUUUCUGAAACGACGUGUGGAAGACACGGACUCAUACUAUGUGAGGGAAGUUCUACAUGAGCUGUACACAUUAUCUUUCAUUAGCUAUGACAAAGACCUUAAGAGUUUUUGCUUGCACCCACUAGUUCAUGCCUGGGCGCGGGACCGUAUUAAUCCAAGGGAACGAAAUAUAUGGGCUCUUAUUGCCAUGAAUACAUUGAUGGAGUCCGUGAGUCUGCCGUCGAAAGAGGAUAAGGACGCAGAUAUCGAGUAUCGCAAAGAUAUUCUGUCUCAUCUUGAUGCGUGCAGUACUGCCUGUCCAGUACAAGUUCCAGAUUUCAGUGGUUGGCUAGGAAAUCUCAGGAUACUCGCUGUGAAGUUUCUGCAACCCACAGUUUUAUUUAUGCUGCGAGAUCAAGUAUUACUUGCAGCAAAAUGCGGCUACUUAUACGCCCUCUCAGGCCGCUUUUCACUCUCGGCGCAAUACCUUACCAUGGUUAGGGAUCUAUUGACCAAAAUCCAAGGAUCUAGGCAUGAAAAAACGCUGGAAGCCAGUAUGUACCUGGCUGAAAUCCUGUGGGGAUUGGGCCGCUUGAAAGAGGGCAUUGCUAUACAGAGAGCGGUGGUUGGGGCCCGAAGUGAACACGUCGGUCCUUUUCAUCGGGAUGCUUUACAAGCGAAGGCUAAACUGGGGCAAUCAUUCUGGCUGAAUGGACAAUACGCGGAAUCCUUGCAGGUACUGGAAGACACAACUAGCAAGAUGAUUCAGAACCUCGGUCCAGAGGACAGCGAUACCAUGAUUGCAAUGGACUAUUUAGGAGUGACAUUGGGAUCUUGGCAACGGUACGAGGAAAGUAAGGCUAUGCAUGAGCGCGUCUUGCUCAUUCGAAAGCGAGAAAAAGGGGAAGAUCAUAUCGACACGUUAUCCACCAUGAGCAACCUAGCCAUGGUUUUGUUAGACCUCAGGCAACUCGAACGUGCGAAGCAUUUAAUGGACAGGGUAUACCAAGGAAGAAAAAAGCAGCUUGGGAAAGAGCAUCCGUAUACCCUGUGGGCACUCUGCUACUUGUCCAAAAUCCAUGUGGAGCUGGGUUUCCUCGACCGGGCAGAAGAAAUGCUAGUCGGCGGGAUCGCCGCAGGAAAGCGCAGUCUUGGGGAUGAUCACCUUGGAGUCCUCAUGGGAUGUGGUGAGCUUGCGCGGGUUUAUGCACGGCAGGGACGGUUAGAUGAAGCAGAACAGCUUUCUCUCACUACUCUAGAAAAAGUCAAGGAGUCAAGAGGCCCGGAGCACUUCGACUAUAUUUUUGGCAUGUGGAAGCUGGGGCAGUUGUAUGAGAUGCAAGGAGGAUUGGAGCAAGCCCUGGAUGCGUACCGCGUUGCUUUGGAUAAUACCGAGACGCGAUUAACAAGACAACAUCCUCUCUCAAAACAAAUAGAGAUGCGCAUUGCGGUGAUUGAGAGUAAACCACGCCUUACCGAUGAGACUAAGCAUGGAGACAAAUCUAGGGAUAUCCAUGCAGAGACAACCAUCAGGGGCUUGCAAUCUACCCACACAUGGUAG